AUAGUUUCAAUAUGGUCGACAUCAUGGGUGACGACGUGGUGAAUAACGUGCAAAAUUUGAGUUUAAAGGAUGAAAAGGCAUGAAUACGAUUUUCAUUUGAUACAACUUUUAUCAAUUUUAUUUGUAGCGUUAAAGUAUGUUGUCAAACUUACGUACUUGCAGUUCUAGAAGCAUUUACAAUGCUUAUAAGCGGAAAUAUGUUUCUAGGGUUGGUUAUAAAACAAAAUUAAAGAAAAAGAAUGCUGCCGACGAUGAAAAUUCGGUAUCCGAAUUGAAACCAUGGCCCAGUUAUAUACAGGAUCGUAUUGUAUUGUGGGACAGACUAAAAGCAGCAUAUGAGGCUUCAUUAGCUGAAAAGCCAGUUACUGAUAUAAAAAUAACACUUCCUGAUGGUAAGGAAGUUAUUGGUCAAUCUUGGCGUACAUCGCCAUAUGAAGUUGCAAGAAGCAUUAGUCAAGGUCUGGCAGACAGUACAGUUAUUGCAAAAGUCAAUAAUGAAUUAUGGGAUCUAGACAGACCUUUGGAAUCCGAUUGUAACCUUGAACUUCUAAAGUUCGAUCAUCCUGAUGGUCAGCAAGUCUUUUGGCAUUCUAGUGCACAUAUUUUAGGAGAAGCUAUGGAAAGGGUAUAUGGUGGAUGCUUGUGUUAUGGUCCGCCGAUCGAAAACGGAUUUUAUUACGACAUGUAUCUGGGUGAGAAAGGGAUCUCAAAUUUGGACUUUCCUUUCUUGGAAAGUCUCUAUAAAACUAUAAUUAAAGAGAAACAGCCUUUCGAGAGACUAGAAAUGACAAAGGAAGAACUAUUAGAGAUGUUUAAAUAUAAUGAAUUUAAGAUUCGAAUUAUUAAUGAAAAAGUAAAUACGCCUACUACUACAGUGUACAGGUGCGGACCAUUAAUUGAUUUGUGCAGAGGUCCGCACAUUAAGCAUACAGGAAAAGUUAAAGCUAUUAAAGUUACCAAAAACUCUUCCACUUAUUGGGAAGGAAAUGCCAAUGCAGAAUCUCUGCAGAGACUGUAUGGUAUCAGUUUUCCAGAUACCAAACAAUUAAAAGAAUGGGAGAAGUUUCAGGAAGAGGCUGCUAAAAGAGAUCACCGAAAAAUAGGAAAAGAACAGGAACUGUUUUUCUUCCACGAACUUUCUCCGGGUUCGUGUUUCUUUCAACCACGCGGAGCAUAUAUCUAUAACACCCUGAUCGAAUUUAUUCGUUCUGAGUACAGAAAGCGAGGCUUCCAAGAAGUAGUCACACCUAACAUUUUUAAUAGUAAAUUGUGGCAAACGUCUGGCCAUUGGGCGCAUUACGCGGAAAAUAUGUUCUCAUUCGAUGUUGAAAGGGAAACUUUUGCGCUAAAGCCGAUGAACUGUCCCGGUCAUUGUAUGAUAUUCGAUGUUCGUAACAGAUCGUGGCGCGAAUUGCCACUGAGACUGGCUGAUUUUGGCGUAUUGCAUAGAAAUGAAGCAUCUGGUGCGUUAACUGGACUUACCAGAGUGAGACGUUUUCAACAAGAUGAUGCGCAUAUAUUCUGUUCGCCCGACCACAUUAAAGAAGAAAUAACUGGAGCUCUCGAUUUUCUGCGACACGUGUACACCGUUUUCGGAUUCACGUUUAAUCUAUGCCUGUCUACGAGACCUGAAAAAUAUAUGGGAGAUAUAAGUAUGUGGAAUGAAGCCGAAAAGGCAUUAGAGGACAGUUUGAACGCGUUCGGAGAACCGUGGAAACUAAAUCCUGCAGACGGUGCAUUUUAUGGUCCGAAAAUUGAUAUAACGAUUAUGGAUGCAUUAAAAAGACAUCACCAAUGCGCAACCAUUCAGUUGGACUUCCAACUACCAAUUAGGUUCAAUUUAUCAUACAUUAACGAAUACGGGGAAAAAACGAGGCCUGUAAUCAUUCACAGAGCUAUUUUUGGCUCUGUAGAAAGGAUGAUUGCUAUUUUAACUGAAUCUUAUGCCGGAAAGUGGCCAUUUUGGUUGUCUCCGCGACAAACAAUGGUCAUUCCGGUAAGUUCUCAGUUCGACGAUUAUGCUUUCCAAGUGAAAGACAAACUUUGGGACGCUGGAUUUAUGGUAGAGGUUGAUACAGAUCCAAGCGAUACUUUAAACAAAAAAAUACGAAAUGCGCAACUGGCACAAUUCAACUUCAUCCUUGUCGUCGGAGAGAAGGAAGUUAAUGCUGGCACGGUAAAUGUGCGUACCAGAGAUAAUGUAGUACACGGAGAAGUUGGUGUUGAAAAUUUGAUUGAAAAAUUUAAAUUAUUCAAAGAAAGGAAGGACAAAAAUUGCGAGGAAAAGUUUUAAAUAAAUUUUUCGAACGAACAGAACAUUUAUUUAUUUAUUUAUAGUCGGUAAUUCCGAUAUUAUCAAUUGCAAUACUAAAACGAAGGAAUUUAAACAUAUUUUAAAUGUACUAAAAAAAAUGCACAUGAAGAUAUUUAAUUAAAAUGCCGCGUUAAGAAAAUCUCCAGUUUUUAGAAAAAUCGUACAAACAGU